AUGCAUAUAUACGUGAGGUCCUUAGAGAGUCUCCGAUGCUAUGAGUUUUCGGAGGAAGCACGAGUAGAAGAAGUGAUGGAGCAAAGCAACUGCGAUAAUUUACAAUGGGGUGGCCGUGCUCUAAGACCUGAAUUUACACUCGCAGAUUAUGGCAUUAUGAGUGAAUGCACUUUAGAAGCCCUUUUAGCAAUUGAAGGAGGCAAGAGGAAAAAGAAGAAAAAAGUUUACACGACCCCUAAGAAAAAAGCACACAAGAAAAAGAAAGUCAAACUUGCAGUUCUCAAUAUUUACAAAGUUGAUAAAAGCGAAAAGGUUACAAGAACUAAACGUGCAUGCGAAAAAUGUGGAGCAGGAACUUUUAUGGCGAAACACUUCAAUAGACACUACUGUGGAACUUGCCACGCUACCCAACUUUUCUCACAAGCUUAA